CAUCCCCCAUCCGCGUCCCACCAUGCUUGCCCGCUCCGCCCUCCGCUCCUCGCUGCGUGCCGCCGCGCCGUCGGCGCCGCGCAUGUUCAGCUCCUCGGCCGCCGACCGCCACGCCGUCGCCGUGCUCGGUGCCAGCGGCGGCAUUGGCCAGCCCCUCUCGCUGCUGCUCAAGAACGACCCGCUGGUGACGUCGCUGCGCCUCUUCGACGUGCGCCUCGCGCCCGGUGUCGCAGCCGACAUUGGCCACGUGAACACGCCCGCCGUGACCACCGGCUACUCGCCCGACGGCCCCGAGGGCGGCCUCAAGAAGGCGCUCGAGGGCGCCGAGCUCGUCGUCAUCCCCGCCGGUGUGCCGCGCAAGCCCGGCAUGACCCGUGACGACCUGUUCAACACCAACGCCUCGAUCGUGCGCGACCUGGCCAAGACGGCCGCCGAGGUCUGCCCCAAGGCCCACAUCCUCGUCAUCUCCAACCCCGUCAACUCGACGGUGCCCAUUGUCGCCGAGGUGUUCAAGAAGGCCGGCGUCUACGACCCCAAGCGCCUCUUCGGCGUCACGACGCUCGACGUGACGCGGGCCAGCACGUUCCUCAGCGGCAUCGCCGGCGCCAAGCCGAGCGAGACGAUUGUGCCGUGCGUCGGCGGCCACUCGGGCCCGACGAUUGUGCCCCUGCUCUCGCAGGCCGCGCAGGGCUCGGCCGUCAAGGCCGGCGAGGCGUACGAGAAGCUCGUGCACCGCAUCCAGUACGGCGGCGACGAGGUCGUCAAGGCCAAGGAUGGCGCCGGCUCGGCCACGCUCAGCAUGGCCUACGCCGCCGCCGUGUUCAGCAACUCGCUGAUGCGCGCCAUCGGCGGCGAGAGCAACGUCGUCGAGUGCACGUACGUCGACUCGCCGCUGUACAAGGACCAGGGCGUCGACUUCUUCAGCUCCAAGGUGACGCUCAGCGGCGAGGGUGUCGGCGAGAUCCACCCCGUCGGCAAGCUCUCCGCCGAGGAGGAGAAGCUCAUGGAGGCCUGCCUGCCCGAGCUCAAGAAGAACAUCCAGAAGGGUGUCCAGUGGUACGGCGAGAACCCCUAAAUUGCUAGAGCUGCUCCCGGGCGCGCGCGCCUUGCUCCAGGCCCGCGCUCCGCAUUGGCCUGGUCAUGUCCAGCCGGGCACGACAGGCGCCAGCAAUGUCAAUCCAGGUAUAAUCGAU